AUGCUUUCCGUCACCUCAGAACUUCAGAACUUCAUCAAGUCGUACAUUGCAAUGGCUUCUCCCAUGAACUCAAUCAAGGUGCUACUGGCACUUGCUGAACUUUCGAACUUUGAUGUUCACUUCUCCAUUACCACACCCUAUGGCCUUGUUGUCGAGCUAUCAGGCGAGUCUCUUGAGGUUCGCUUGACGGAGGACAAGGAACCCACCCCUGAUAUCCCUGCCGCGCACGCUGGGCUCCAACUUCCAGCCAUUCAGGCCACACCUGAACCCUCGUCCCAGACGGAGGAGCAAGAUCCAGCCCUGAAGCCGCAAACAGACUUGGCAUCACUGCAAAUACAUCAAGACGACCCCUUGAUAUCGGGUGAUCAAACGAAAUCUCAGUCAGACGAUCAACCAGAACCUCAGCCAGAGUAUGGACCGUCGCUGCCAGGAUACAAAUACUACGUCCUUCCGGACUUCGGGACGAAUUUCUUGUGGUAUGAAUGGCCCGGGUGGCCAGGGAACCCCGAAGGCGGCAUCUUUGUCGAGGAUGACGAUUUGGAAGAGAGAUAUUCCAAAGCAUGGUUCAAGGCGUACGAAGAAUGGGUCGAUCGAUAUACGGAGUCUUUCAGAGCCCUUAUGCUUGAUCAGGAUUACGAUAGUCCGGUAUUCGAAACUGCCGAGGAGUAUGAAGUCUGGAAUUUUGAGGGCGCGCUAUUGGCUGCGUGGCUGGCUCUACAGGACGGUGUUCACCAGGUCAACUAUCCGUCGGGGGAGGUGGGCGGUCACAAGUUUGAAUUUCAACGCGAGGGCAUCGAGAGCAUCGGGAAAACUUUGGAGCGCUUCAUCCAAUCGGUAAAGUUGGAUCAGAGCCCGGACGGGGCGACGGCUGGACCAUGA